AGUUGCGAGGACUGAGCUGAGGCUGAGCGUGAGAUGUCACGACUUUGAAAGGGAAAUAUGACGAGCCUGAGUCGUUUAGAAAAGCUUGGAACAAUUUUCACAAGAGUUCGAGAUUUGAUGAGAGCUGGUGUAAUGAAAGAAAUGGACAAACCACUUUGGUAUGAUGUAAUGGCAACCUUUCCCCCUAGAGAUGAGCCAACUUUCAAACAGCCAAUCUCUCCAGAACCUCUGAAGGAACUUAUUUAUCCAGAAGACAAACAAAGGGCAAAAUUCUACCAGACAUAUGGAAACCAGCAAAGCAUAGACUUGACAAGACAUUCAGCAGUCAAGGAUUCAAUUUGCAGCAGGUUCAUUCAGACUUACCAAGAUUUGGAGACUAAGAAUGAAGGUUUAAGUGAUGAAGAUCUCAUGAUUGCAACAGAGCAAGCCUUAGCAGCUGAAGGAAUCAGAUUACAAAGACGAGGGAUGCCAAGAAAGCAAACGAGGAAAGAGACUUCAUCACAAGAACGGAAACCAGAGAUUAGUGGCCUAGCAAAACUUCUACAAGAUGCCUUAACAAAAGAAGGCCCACAAUCCAGAUGAUACGAAUAUGAAGAGAAAAAAAAUGGACUUUUAUACUCUUGUAAAUGGAGGAACUCUUUUAAAGUGCCAGCUAUUUUGGAUUCUCAGUGAUACAAGUCAAGAGUCGUUGCUUUGGGAUACUUUAUGGAAUUCCCUCUGUCCUUAACUAAAUCCUUUCAUGCUAUGGAUCCAUAUUAAGUUGUGAGAUACCUGGAUGGUGUUUCUAAAGCUAUUCAUAAGUUACCCAUUACUUUUCACAUAUUUAAUGCAUGAAUGAUGAACGGUUCUCGCAUUGAAUAAGAUACCCAAUGUUUUCGAUGGGAGUGAAAUU